AUGGCCACAACUUCUCAACCGCCUCUGCGGUUCACCUCGCACCAUAACCUGGUCUACCGCCUGGUUCUCUCGACCCUCACCGGCCGCACCGUGCACAUCUCGCAAAUUCGCUCUUCCUCGCCCACGAACCCCGGCUUGUCUCCUCAUGAAAUUUCCUUCCUGCGUCUCCUCGAAGCAGUCACCAAUGGCUCCCAAAUGGAAAUCUCGUACACCGGUACAAUUCUCGUGUACAAACCUGGUCUCGUUACCGGCAGCACGGCUGGAUCUGGUGCCACCGGCGGCGUGAUCAGACAUGAGCUUCCUUCAAACUGCAAUCGCGGCCUGAGCUACUAUCUCAUUCCACUCUGUCUCCUGGCGCCGUUCUCCAAAGCCCCGAUCAAGAUCCUCUUCACCGGUCCUGGUGUGAUCACAUCCUCCACCCAGACGGGCGAUAUGUCCGUCGACAGUGUCCGAACCGCCAUUCUUCCCUUGUACAACCAAUUCGGCAUCUUCAAUAACGUUGAGCUCCGAAUCCUGAGACGAUCGAACCCUGGCCCCAAUGGCAGGGGUGGCGGCGGUGAAGUCCAGCUCACUUUCGGUCAUCAGGUCCGUCUGCCGAAGACUCUGCAUCUGAUGAACCCCGGCCGCAUAAAGCGUAUUCGUGGUGUCGCCUACUCCGUCGGUGUGUCGGGUUCCAAUAAUGCCCGUAUGAUCGAAAUUGCUCGUGGUAUCUUGAAUCCUCUUAGUCCCGACACUUACAUUUUCUCCGACGUCUCGUCUGCGCCUUUGCUCCCGGCUCCCGAUAAGAACAACCCUAAUGCGAAGAAGAAGAUCGGUCUUGGUUUCGGUCUUUCUUUGGUCGCUGAGUCUUCUACCGGCUGUCUUUACUCGGCUGAUGUGGCCUCGCCGCCUUCCGGUGGCCAACCUCCGGAAGAUAUUGGCAAGCAAUGUGCCUUCCAAUUGCUCGAGACUGUUUCCAAGAGCGGCUGUGUGUCUCCUGCGGCUGCGACAACCAUGCUGAUUCUCAUGACUAUGGGAUCUGAGGAUGUGGGCCGGUUGCAGGUUGGCCGUGAUGUCAUUGCGGACCCCAAUCUGAUCCAGCUGGCGCGAGACCUGUCCAAGUUCGGUGCCCCUGGCUGGGGUAUUCGAGAUGCUGCGGGCGAGAAUGAGGACGGUGAUGUGAUCGUCAGUGUGGUCGGUCGUGGAAUUGGCAACGUCGGCCGAAAGGUCGCUUAG